AUGAUGUGCGACUUGGCCAACGUACCGGAUGUGAGUGCCAAUCUUUGGCAUGGGCUUGAUGACAGCAAGGCUAUAGCAGGCUAUUUGGCUGAGCCAAUGAAGGUGCCGCUGCCGCAAGGCGAAGGGAAGAAGCAAUCCGAAUUUGGCCAAGUCUUCAUCCCCAUGCCCCAGUGCCCAGAUACCGGCAGAGUACUGCGUUUCCAGGAUCCCAUUGACGAGGCAAGGUAUUCGGAUCUCUUCGAUGCAGCGCCUGAAUCACCAGGAUCUGUCGUUACCCGUGGAGGCAGCAGGGUCUACUUCCCUCCAGGUUUGGACCCUCCUGUGAACACCCCGAGUCAUGGGUCCACCCUCCAUGCCGAGGGAAACUGCAAACCCUGCGCUUGGUUCUGGAAACCGGGCUCUUGCCAGAAUGGCAAGGACUGCAUGCACUGCCACCUGUGCCCCAAAGAUGAGCUAAAGAUGAGGAAGAAAGCCAAGUCGGCCUUCAUGCGAUUGGGUCUGACAACACCGAAGCCAGAUGCCGAAGAAACGGCAGCUGUUCAGCUGGCUUUGAGCAGUUUUUGCAUGUCGCCGAAGGCAAAGGAAAAGGGCGACUUCUGCGAAACGUCCGAGCAAGGAUCGACGGUUGCAACAGCGUCUGAGCGCGAAUAUUCGGAUGCAUCUGCAAGCCCGAGACAACCCCUAGCAGGUGAAGCACUGACCGAGAUGCCAGUGACGAAGCUGGCCAGUCAGGGAAGCAACUUCCACGGCAACGGUAACUGCCGCCCGUGCGCCUGGUUCUGGAAGCCAACAGGUUGCCUUAACGGGGAGGAGUGUCGGCACUGCCACAUGUGCCCACCUGGCGAGGUGAAGAACCGGAAGAAGAACAAGCUUGCCAUGCUCCGACUUGGUUUGGCUACGCCUACGGCAGCGGCCACGAACGCGAAGGCCUUGGCAUGGCAGUUGCAUGAUGUUUUGCUGCGGGCCGCUCCAGCAUGCUCCAGGACACCUUCGCCAUGGACUCGCCAGCCGCGCGAUAGGUCAAGCAUUGCCAAGCGUUGCCAAGCAUGGUCAAGCCAUGUGAAGGAUGCGGCUGCAAGCAUCCGUCUUUCGAGUUGGGCAAUUGGGAUCGCACCUGCUCCGAUGACUGAUUGCCUCCAACCGCAGGAGCCACAAUGGAGGAGCCCUGAUCUGGUAUUUUCUGCCGAGUUGCAUGCACGGUGCCUCGCCGAGGGAUGGUGCACCAGCUGUCAUGGAACAGCUUGCUUGCACAGGCCAAGCUGCAGCAUACAUCUGCCUCAGUGGGGCACGCGCGCGUGCUCUUUCUUAUGGCUGGACUGGAGGUACUCCCGGGCCACAUGUGCCCCGAGGGAUGUCUCGAGGCCUCGGCCUUUUUAA